AUGACAAAAAUCGCUAUUAUUACUUACUCAACUUAUGGUCAUGUUGAUACUUUAGCUAAAGAAAUUCAAAAAAGUAUUCAAGAUGCUUCAAAAGGUUUCAACGACGAUGUCGUGGACUUAUUCAGAUUAGAAGAAACCUUGAGUGAUGAUGUUUUACAAGCUAUGCAUGCUCCAGAAAAAGAUGCCUCAGUUCCAGUUAUUAAAGUAGAAGAUUUAAUUAAUUAUGAUGCUUUCGUAUUCGGUAUUCCAACGAGAUUCGGUUCUGCUCCAGCUCAAUGGUUACAUUUCUGGGAUCAAACAAGUUCUUUAUGGGCUCAAGGUCAAUUAUACGGUAAAAUGGCAUCUUUUUUCCUCAGUAGUGGUACUUAUGGUGGAGGCUUAGAGAGUACUGUCAGAAACACUUUAUCCUAUUUGGUUCACCACGGUAUCAUUUAUGUUCCAUUAGGUUACAAAAAUGCUUUUGCCGAACUAUCAAAUACUGAAGAAGUUCAUGGUGGUACUCCAUGGGGUGCAACUACUUUAGCUGAUACAGAUGGUUCUAGACAACCAAGUGAUUUGGAAUUAAGAAUUGCCAAUAUUCAAGGUAAGACUUUCUACGAGACUGUUAAAAGAUUUGCUGGUGAAAGUACUGAAGUACAAAAGAAAGAGAAGAAAACUAAGAUUACUGCUCUACAAACUGUAGAAAAGCAAGCUAAAAAGAAAGAAGAAAAAAAAGAAGAAAGCAAAAACUUUUUGACUGCCUGUUGUACUUUAAUGUAA